UAAUAUUUUUUCAUUACCCGCCAAAAACGAGUGAGUGAGAAACUUUUCAAAAAUGUUCUCCGCCAAAACCAACGCCUCAGCCUCCAAGAAGCGCCGCCCUGAACCGGAGUCCGAUCAGAGAAAACGAUCCUCCAAAGAUCUUCAUCUCGAUCUAGAUCUCGACCUCGACAGCGAUAUUAAAGGAAUCGUCUCAGCGCUUCAACAAAUUAGGGAGAAAGCUCAUAAGGAUGGCCAGAAGAAGAACGAAGAAACCAUUUCCAGUGUGGCUGCUGAGAUCAAAUCUAUGAUGGAUGAAUUGAAGUCCAAAUUUGAUAAGGAUAGACAAGGUUUUGUUAAAGCACUUUCGAAGAGCUCGAAAGAGUUUGAGAAUUGUUUGAAAAGUGAAACUUCUAAGUUUCAAUCACUUUAUCAGCAAUUUUGUAAGGAAAAAACAACCCAUUUGCAGGCUUUGAAAGAUACUAUUUCCAAGUUUGAAGAAGAGAAGGAAAGGCUUUUAAAGAGAUAUGAACAAAUGAGGAAGAAAGAAAAGACUAUGAUAUCUGAACAUGAGAAAGCUUGCUCAGAGAAAAUUUCUCGAUUGGAGGAAUCCCUGAAAAAGAAAACCCAGGAUGACAAAACUUUCAGCAUUUUGAGGAAAACUUUGGGUUCCCUUUUUGAUAAUGCCUCAGAUGAGGAUUUCCCACCUGAUGAUUGAAGAUUUGAUUCAGAGUAAAGGCUAAAGUUACCACUCUUUUGAAUAUGACAUUCAAGAUAUGUCCUUCAAUAUCUUCCUUAUUAUAUACACUAUCUCUAGAUAGGAGAAAAAACUUAAAUUGUCCAUAGUUAAUUUCCAUUAACGACUCGCUCGACAGUCUAUAUUGAAUAUUAAGAAUCUUUGGCUGAACAUCAUAGGUACAAACCAGCUAUAGUUACCACUUAUGGUUUUACAGUCUUUUCAUGUUUAACCAUUAUACAUAUGAAUAUGAUGACAAUAAUUGGUCUAGAAAA